UUCCUGGAGUUCUCUUCUGCUCGGGCCGGUUUUUUUUAAGCUAGGCUUCCUGGUAACAACCAUCUAGUCCUUUCAAACAAUGUCUCACCCAACACCGUCCGUCAAGCCGUCGAACCCCGAGAACCCCCGCGUCUUCUUCGAUGUAGACGUCGACGGAGAAAGAGCCGGCCGGAUAGUUUUUGAGCUGUUUGCCGACAUCACCCCCAAGACCGCCGAAAACUUCCGGGCGCUCUGCACCGGAGAGAAAGGCACUGGCCAGUCGACCGGGAAGCCGCUGCACUUCAAAGGAUGCCCGUUCCACAGAAUCAUCAAGAAGUUCAUGAUCCAAGGAGGCGACUUCUCCAACCACAACGGCACCGGUGGAGAGAGCAUCUACGGGGAGAAGUUUGAGGAUGAAAACUUCCACUACAAGCAUGACAAAGUGGGCCUGCUCAGCAUGGCCAACGCCGGUCCGAACACCAACGGCUCCCAGUUCUUCAUCACCACCGUCCCCACGCCGCACUUGGACGACAAGCACGUGGUCUUUGGACAAGUGCUGAAAGGCCUGGGGCUCGUGAAGAUGCUGGAGAUGGUCGACACUAAGGACGACGCCCCCGUCAAGCCGUGCCUCAUAGGGGACUGUGGCGAGCACAAGGACGGGGACGGCUGGGGCGCCGCGCCGAGCGACGGAUCAGGGGACGCCCACCCAGAUUUCCCAGAGGACUCCGACGUCGACUUUAAAGAUGUCGAUAAAGUUCUGUCCGUUGCUGAGGAUCUGAAGAAUAUUGGAAACAACCUUUUUAAGAGUCAAAACUGGAAAGCUGCUAUCGAAAAAUAUAGCAAAGCGCUCAGGUACUUGGAGGUGAGUGGAGACGUGCUGGAGGAUGAGGUGCAGCAGAAGCUGAAGCCCACCGUCCUCAGCUGCUUCCUCAACACGGCCGCCUGCAAGCUCAAGAUGCAGCUGUGGCAGGAAGCUCUGGACAGCUGCAACGAGGCGAUCGAGCUGGAUCAAGCUAACACCAAGGCACUUUUCCGGAGGGCCCAGGCCUGGCAAGGGUUAAAGGAAUUCAGCCAAGCCAUGGCCGAUCUGAAGAAAGCUCAGGAAAUAGCUCCAGAAGACAAAGCGAUCAGCAACGAGAUGAAGAGAGUCCAGCUCAAGGUCCAGGAGGAGAAGGAGAAAGAGAAGAAGAUCUACGCUAAAAUGUUUGCGUGAGCUUUUCCAUCUCGACGACGCAACGAGUUGAGAAUAUUGUCUCGUCAAUAUUUGAAAAAUCAUCUCUGCAGGGGAACAUUAAAAGAGUGUAACCAGGUGAAAAAUGUGCAGUCGUCUCAUUCGACGGGUUCUUUCAUGUUUCACAAAGCGGUACAUCUCUCACCGUCUCGUGUCAUGAAGGAAUAACUGUUGUUGUACGUUUUCUUUUUGACCUGUCUUCAAGUUUUAUCACUGUAAUGAAUUAGUUUUGACCAUUUAGUCGUGUGCUCGACGCCGCUGCUCUGAAACAACGGGCUCGACACGUCGCACUGAUGUUUGUUCUGGGGUUUUUGAAGCAGUUCAGCAAAAAUAAGCUGAUACAUGUCUAUCUGUCGUCCUUGAACACAAACAGUACAUCAAUUUGUUUUACUUGUUUUGUUUUUUUAAAGGUCAAUAAAUAAAUAAAAAACAGCAA